CCAACCACCUUCAGCCCAACAGUGCCAAAGCAGAGACACCCCGCUAUGGGAUAUGUGCAAAGGACAAGAGGAGCCAGUUCCUACAGAACAGGAGUAUGAACUCAAUAGGCUCAGGGAAGAGCAGCACCAGUGUAUCCAGUGUGUCUGAGUUGUUGGACCUAUAUGAAGAGGAUCCAGAAGAGAUCCUGUAUAACCUGGGGUUUGGCCGGGAGGAGCUGGAUAUCGCCUCAAAGAUCCCCUUGCGCUUCUUUAACAGCCCCUCUUGUGCUAAGGGCAUCGAUCUCAAGGUCUACCUGGAAGCCCAUCUACAACGCACAGAGAUGGAAAAACCCAACUAUGCCCUGACAAGUCGUUUCCGUCAGAUUGCGGUCCUGACCACAGUGGCCAACGAAUUAUUCCAUCUCUACUCCCAGGUGUCGGGCCAGCCCGUCCAAAAGAUCUGCAGCCUGGAUGGGGAACCCCUUACCAUCGUCACUCCUUCUCCUCUGAAGAGGAACAACUCAGCCCUGAACGCAGCCAAGAUCCUAAAGAAGACCAUCACCAAGCAUAACCUUUUCGGUGGGGCAGCAGAGGAAGUCUCUCAUAGCCCCACAGCCCUGUCUACUACCACAGAGAAACAAGCAGACCAAUUGAGUCCAGGUACAGGGGACAGCGCCAUCACUACUGACUCCGACCACAAGGGGGAGCUCAAGCAGAAGGCCUUCAUGAAGAAGGAAUCUACUUCUCCGGCUAUGUUGACUGAGGACAGCCACUCUAGAGGCAGCACUGAAGCCCCCCUGAGCAUCAACGGACACCACCCUGGAGUGAAUGGAGACAGUCCCAAGCUAAAUGGAAAUGGCCUGGCGUUGACAGGAAGUGGAGAAAAUCACAUCUCGUUCACUGUCAGUGUUGUCCCUGAGGAGGCCCAGGAGGGUGACCUGAGCCUGUGCAGCGAGGCUGACCUGGAGAAAAAGCACCAGGAAAUCCAUCAGAUGGGCCAGAGGGCCAUCCGAUCAACCCCAGGCGAGGAACCUAACUACAGCCUGAUGCCCAACCUUCACAUCGCCCACCACCACACGCAGGCCAAGGAUUCCUUUGAGAUGGAAGAGGUCCAGAGUAAUGAGGAUGAAGCUCUACCUGGAACUUGCAGCCCCUCUAGAGCUGGCAGUGAACAACAACUGAGAACAACCAGCCAGCAGUCAGACAGUAGUGGUUUUGCAGAGGGCCCCUCUACUGAUGGCUCAGCUAACAAUUUAAAGGUACAGGAGAGCGCUGACAGCUGUGAUUGUGAGACCAUGCUGAUGUCCUACGCUGGGGAGGUGACCACUCCUCUAGCCCUUGAACACCCUGCCUUUGAGAGGCUGCAGUUAAAGGAGGAACAGGAGGAGGAGGCUGUGCAGACACCCUCUGUCCUACAGAAACACCUUGAGGAGGACGGGAGGGGGAGCAAGAGCCCUAUUGGGGAGGAGGAGCAGCGGCAGGAGGUGCCACAGUACACCUUCCACCAGUUACCUAAACCAGGAGAUAGAGGAGUGGCCCAAGAUUUGGAGCAGGACCAACAGCAUAGCACUGCUGAGGAAGCUGCUUCUUAUCCUGCCUCUGAGACUCCUCAGUCAACUCCUGAGACUUGCCAUACUGUUGAGGCUGAUCUUGAUACGGCUACAGUGCCUGGUCCUACAGAAGACCAUGGCUCCAUCCUGGCCCCUGACUGCAGCUCCUCUGGUGCCCCAGCCAGGGAGGGUGUGCCUGACAGGGUGGAGAUGGAAGCCAGGCUCUCCAGCCCUAGCCCCAGCUGCCCCAUCCUCAAUGCCUCAGCCAGGGUCCACGGGGCCCUCUACAGGGCCCAGCAGAGGGCCAUGUCCCCAGGCCUCCAGGGCGCCUGCAUGGAGGGGAAGGUGACAGUGAGGGAUCUGUUCAGGAGAAGAGCCCCCCUGACGAGGUCCCGAUCCCUGCCUACCUCCCUCCUCAGCCCCUCCCGUGCGGUCUCCUCUGUCAGGAUCCAGUUUGGCCAGGAGACAGUCAGGCACUGCACUCGGACGGUCUUUUCCUACCGAUACACCCCAGAAGUGGAGGAGGAGGUGCAGGUGGAGGAGGAGGUGCAGGUGGAGGAGGAGGUGCAGGUGGAGGAGGAGGUGCAGGUGGAGGAGGAGGUGCAGGUGGAGGAGGAGCAGGUGGAGGAGGAGCAGGUGGAGCUGGAGGUGGGGUCCAUUGUGGAAGAGGAGGUUGCGGAGGAGGGGGUUCAGAGGAGAGGCAGCUUUUGCUCUAUCUUAAUUAUCAACAGAGAGGCCGAGCGAUCUCAUGGCCCCGGGCUACAGAGAGAUGGGGAUCUGAGAAAGCUUCAAGGCAGAGUUCCCCCUUACCCCCUGGCCAUCCCCCGCCACCUGACCCGCUCAACCAUCUCACUGCACAGCCCCACUCCUGAGUGGGGAGAGAGACCUCUGGUGGAGCACCACCGUGCCUGGAGCACCUGCAGCGUACCUAACCUCACCCAACGUAACCUGGCACAGCAUAACCACCCUAACCUGAACCACUUCAAUAACCAUAACCUCACUCAGCACAGCAACCCUAACUUCAACCUCACCCAGCACAGCAACCCUGAUUUCAACCUCACCCAGCACAUCAACCCUGAUUUCAACCUCACCCAGCACAGAAACCCUGAUUUCAACCUCACCCAGCACAGAAACCCUGAUUUCAACCUCACCCAGCACAGAAACCCUGAUUUCAACCUCACCCAGCACAGAAACCCUGAUUUCAACCUCACCCAGCACAUCAACCCUGACUUCAACCUCACCCAGCACAGCAACCCUGAUUUCAACCUCACCCAGCACAGAAACCCUGAUUUCAACCUCACCCAGCACAGCAACCCUGACUUCAACCUCACCCAGCACAGCAACCCUAACCUGGCGCACUUCAAUUACCCUAACCUCACCCAGCACAGUAACCCUAACUCUAACCUCACACAACACAACCUAGCCCAACACAAUAACCCUAACCUCCCACAGCACACAGCCCACAACUUACCCCAUCAUAUGGCCCCUAACCAUUCUCACCAGAGUCCUCCUUACACUAACAACAUGGGCAACACCCUUCCACACAACUUCCCACACAGCACACACUACCCCUUUUCCCCGUACAGCUCCUCCUAUAAUACCCCGCCCCAUAGCGACCCUUUCAGUUCACCUUACUAUAACUACCACGGUAACCCAUAUAGUGGGUCCUACAGCUACCUACACAGCAACACUCAUUAUACUGCCCAUAGCUCUUACUCUAACCCAUCACACACACCUUCCAAACUGCCUCCACAUCUCUCUACUGCCCCCUAUGGAGAACCAUACAGUACUCCAUUCCCUGGCCACCGUCAUCUGUUUCCUUACCCCCAUGGAGUUGAUCCUAUGGGGGCAGCCCCUAAUUCCCACCUUCCACCAGCCCUGUCUACCACUGAGAUGCAGCUCAGACGGGUCCUUCAUGACAUCAGAGGAAGUGUACAGAACUUGGCUCAGAAUUCAUCAGAAUGCAGAGCAGACAUUUUCAAUCCUCAGAGAUCUGCCCAGCCACUGUUUGAGACCUCUCUCCAGAAGGAGCUGCAGGCUAAGAGAAGGAGUCUGAAUGUGUUCCGGACCCAGAUGAUGGAUCUAGAAGUGUCCCUGAUGAAACAACAGGCGUUAGUCUACCAGCACCUCAGUCACGACGAGAGGCAGGAGGCGGAGCAGCUGCAGGGCCUGCGGUCAGCAGUGAGACGGGAGCUGAAGGAACUAGAGCUCCAGCUGGAGGAUCGGCUGCUGACCUUGAACGAACAGCUCCGCUCUGCCAGCCACCACAGUCUCUACCGCCACCGCAUGAGCGGUCACAGCAUGUACAGCCUGUCUAACAGUUCUGCUCUGAGAGCUAUGGAGCCGAUGUCGAACCUGCUGAUGGAACCGCUGUACCUGCAGACAGAGCUGGGCUACGAGGAUGGGGCAGAGAGCAGACCAAGCAUGGCACCCACCCCGAGCUCAGGCCGCUCCUCCAGGUCAGCCAGUCCAAUGAGGUCCUCCGGAUGUCACCCAGGCUCCUCCCACACCCCAGAGCUGCCCCUCCCAGGCCCCCAGAAGACAGAGGUGUACCGAGCGUCCAUCUCCCUCACCCCAGCCCCCCCUCCACGGCCUGGUGCCUCCACAGGGUUCUCCCAGGGCCAGAUCAGUCCUCUAGAUGCCCAGGACCAUGCCAUAGAACAGGCACUGACAGGAGAGCAACAUCCAGAGGAUCGAGCGCAAGGAGAGGAAGAGGGCAGAGGAGGAAGAGGGGCAGCUGUAGACCCUCACCUGCUAGAGGAGAGGGGUAGGGAGGGAGGAAGAGGAGGAAGAUUAGGUGUAGGAAGGGCAAACAACCCCCAGCUACAGCAGCUCAUCAAGGAGAUCAAAGAGAGCCUUGCUGAUGAGAUCCGACAGGAGAUAGCCAGCGAGCUCCUGGUGGCCGUAUCUCCACUACGAUCACCUGUGUUGGCCAGAGAACACCCCCUGUUAGACUGUUGACAGGUCCUACAUCUGAGUUGAAGAUAACCACUGGUAAAGUCUACCAAUUCUACUCAACCUGAACACUGGUGAAGCCAUACACUGAACAGCCCAACAACCUUUUUACCACUGUUUCUACUAUUUCCAGAGAGUCUGAUGAUGGCAGAUACCUUAACACUGUGUUUUCAACCAUAUAGGUAGAGUUUUUUUUAUUUCUAUGGUUUCUUCUCCUGAGUAAUCUGCUGACUGACAGAUACUCUGGGGCCUCAUUUAUAACCGUUGUGUAAAUUUCACACUAAAUAUCUGAAUAUCUGCGUGUGCCAUUUCUGAAAAGACUGCAUACAUACAAAAAUAUUGAGAUUUAUAAACUUGGCACACACCAUACACCCGUCCUGAAACUGCGUGAGUGAAAGAGCAUCAGUACUCUGUCUGAAAAACGCCCAUCAUUCACCUUUUAUGGUGACAAAAAAAAACUUAUUUGCUGUAUACUUUGGAAGUAUUCGAGCAGUUUUCUAAAGGAAAUGGCAAUAGCGAACUUGAUCAAAUGUCUUUGGAGGUGAUUGCAGAAUGUUAUACUUUUGCAAUGACAUUUGCUGUAGGCCUAGGCUAUCUGAUAGACAAAAAGUUCAUGAAAGACAACAACUAUUGCAAAUUGCUGUUGAGCUGUAAGCAGACCGUUUGAAUUUAAUUGGGCCUAAUGUUUUGCAUUGACUUUUUCUCGAAACGAUGCUGCACUGCCCUCGAAUUCUGAAACCUUCUCUACUUACAGUGGUAGACAUGCACACUACAAUGCACCUAUUCACCUGGUAAAUUUUAAUUUAGUUAUAAACCUGCUUCCUUUCUGAUGCAUAGAGCAAAAUACUUGAAAUAAUAGCUUAUCUAAUAGGCUUAAUUAAAUGAAUGAUGUGCAUGGUAAUUUGUUUUAGGCUAUGAUUACUUCAGAAAUUUGGACCAAUAAUGUCCAGAAAAGGUGAAGAAUUUAUUCUGCAAUAGUUGUGAAAAGAUGUAUUGUGUAUAAAUGCAAUAUUGUCUACUCGAGAAAUGUUAAAUUACAGUAUUCAGAUGUCGGCUACAGAAGUAACCUGCAACCCGUCUGUUCCACCGUUAAUACAACUGCGCUCUGGAUCGGAUGGCAUAGAGCAAAAUACUUGAAAUAGCUUAUCUAUUUACUACUGUGAAGUGGGUCCAAUUAAAGGAGAUAUGAGAUGAAUGGUGUCCUUGUUGUUGCCCUAUAUAGGCUACCUCGUGAGUAUGACACCAUCACAGAAAAGGUGAGGAAUUUAUUAUGCAAUGAUCAUGGAAAUAAAUAAUAAAUAAUAGCCAGGGAUAUAGAUGAUUGUCUAAUUAUUUUUAAAUCCAAGGAUAAACUAAAUAUAUUUUCGCUUUACUCACUAACGGAAAAUGAUUGCAUCUUGUUAUUAACCUGUUUAUUGUGAUGCAUAAGCGUGUCCAUAUCCUCCAUUUGCACAAAAUAUAAAUGUACUUGCCUGCUUGCAAUACAAUAUUUCAACCACUAGAAUCUGCAUAAGCAUUGUCUAAAGUCUGUGAGAAGGCGAGCACGUUUUUACAUCAGGUUCAGUUUUUAUAAAUGCUCACUUUUGCGUGAAAAUUGGAAAUAUAUUUUGUUCCUGCCAAAGGUUUAUAAAUGAGUUCCCUUGUAUCUUUAGACCUGUAUGCUGUGUACCUUGGAGACACUAAUGCUGCUGUAUACUUGCUGUUAUAGUGAACUGUCUUGUUCUCUGUCUUAACCGUCCUAUUUCAAACACUCAGAAUGACUAACUACUGCAUUACUCAUGUGUUGUCCACAGGGGUGGAAUUGGAGGGGAACUAGAGUUCGCAAAGUAAAAUAAUUUUGACAUGUACAAAAUGUGUUUAAGUAACUCCCCAGUGUUUCCAGAUUUCUGUGAAACAUGACCUAUAAUUACUUACAAUAUGAGCUAAAUAGUUUUCCUUGUAUUUUUUUUAUUUUUUAGUAAGUGUGUUAAAAAGCUGUUUUUCUGUGUUGGAAUGUUAUGGGUGUACCCCAACAACAGAAUGGUGUGGGCAUAUACCCGGUAUUUAAAAAUAUUAAUGCUAGUAGACCGCUGAUUGGCUAUCUCCUCCUCCUCAUGGAGAUGACAUCAUGUUCUAUGAGGAAAUGGCAAGCAUUUUUGUGUUUUAUUUUUUUCAAUUAAUGCUGGCAACAUAUGAGUAUAGGAAGAGUCAACUGUUUUUGGGGGAUAUGAGUUAACAGAAUAUGAACUUUUAAAAGUUCGAUUUUCACUGGGUAGUUACUUUAAGGUAAAUUCUAGGAUCAGUUAGUUCCCAGAGUGACUUUUCUCCAAUUCCAUCUCUGGUUGUUGGUGACAUUGUUAUUAUGUUAUGAUAUGAUCCUGACGUUGUGUAUGGGUUGUAUUUAAGCACAUAGAUGUGGAUCAGGGUGCGUCUCUUGUCCUAAAGUUGAAAAAUAGAGUUAGAAGAUGAUUAUGGUUGUAUGGAAAUUUAGUGUCAGCUGUAAAUUACCAUGCCCUCUUCUAAUGCCAUCUCUAUGAGGAACUAAUCAGAGCAAAGUCUUUUAAAUACUUUGAUUGUUUGCUCAGCUUGCCUGUAGUGCCAGGUGGGCAGGGUUUACCGUUUUGGGACUAUUCUAAUGGCUCAUUAAGCCAGGCAAGGUCAGAUAAAGUAUUUGAACCCAGGUCUGGAACUAACUAUGCAAUACAUUUCACUGUCUCUGAACUUGAAAAUAUCCUUAGUAGAAAGACUAUAUAGAGCUCUAUCAGACAAGAUACUGUUAAUUCUACUGUGUUUCUACUCUCCAGUUCAGGCCACCUGUCUGUCUCUAUUAUCUAUCUUUUUUAUUAUCCCUUUAAAGAAAAUAUCUCAGGACAAAUACAUUUAGUGGUUUUAACGUCUAUUUAAGAUAAGAAAUACAGGUAUGAAUUUUUGUUUGUUUUUAAUGAGACACUAACGAAAACACGCAUCUGGGUCGUAUUCAUUAGGCACCAAACGGAGGGAAAUUGAUUGAAUCGUGGAGGGACUAACUGGACUUACUUUCUGUAGAUUUUUUUUUAAAUAACGUUUUCCAGUGUUACCCUAAUGAACACAACCCAGGACAAAGGUGUGAAAUGAAUAUAAUGCAUACAUUUAAGUGGUGCUUUUCAAAAGCAGUAGUUGAUGCAACCCAAUUAAACUUGUCGUUUCCAGUUUGGACAAAUUAUGUACAUAAUGUUUAUGUUAAAAUUAAAUAUUGGUGCACCUAAAAUAUUGAAGGAAUGCAAAAGGGACUAAUUUUGUGGAAUGACCCACUUACUACAUAGCUGAUCUGUACUUACCUGUAGCUUACUUGUACUUACUAAUGGUCAAGCACAGACGAACAUGCAACUUAUAACAUCUCUUUUCCCCUAUAUUCUGAACUGUGCAUCACCCCUGAGGUGGCACCCAGUCGCUUGUCCGGCCCGCUCCACACCUCCAGCCCCUGCCUCUAAUUCUCUGGUAUUUCCUCCAGAGGUAUUAGGUGUUCCUAGGUCGUACGUGUUUAGAGGCACAGAAUGAUCCCCGAGCAUAAAUGGGCACCAUUGAUGGCAAGGCGAAAACACACUGGUUGCGUCUCAAAUGGCAUCCUAUUCCCUACAUAGUGCACUACUUUUAACCAGGGUCAAAAGUAGUGCAGUAGGGAAUAAAGUGCCAUUUGAGACGCAGAACUGCCCCAACCAUGGGCACUGGGACUGUGGGCCUGUUUGUGUGUCACUCAGUUUGACUUGGCGUGGUGUAAAUAACAGGUCUGUGUUGCUGAGGUUAUUACUUUUCUCUAAAGCGCUCCUUUAUAUUGUUUAUUAUGGUUUCUCUGUGUACAGCACGUUGACACAUUGUGAACAUUACAUCAGCGUACUGUGUUUUGUUUUCUCAUUCUAGCUUGGAUCAUCUGCCAUUCCUAGACAGAUGCCAGACACAGAGAAAUGGGUCAUUUAUGGGUAAUUUAUGGGUUAUUUAUGGGUCAUCAAAGUCCUCAUUGAGGACUGCAUGUCAGAAUGUUGUUGUUUUGCCACUUCACUUAAAUUGAAGUUUUGGUCAGUCCUUGCAGACUACUACAUCAUCCACAAAUAAACAUGUUAUUUAUUUGUAUGUAUUUGAACAUUGUGGUUACAUUAAUGAUGAAUGAAAUCAAAUAAAUCUAAUUCAUGAAUUAUGGGUGUCAGAAGCUGGUCGUUUUUCCAACACACCUAUUAUAGCGUUGGUAUUUCAUCAACGCUGUCCAAUUCAAGCAUAUAAGGCUAUAAUAUCGUUUGGAUUAAUGUAAUAACUAUUGUAUGUGAUUUUAUAAAAAUGUGGGGUAAAGAAAACUGUUUUAACAUGGCAACCUCUUGAACUGACCUGUAUUUUCCUGCAUUCUAGACUAGAGCACUGAGUGGAACGAUGAAUUAAAAAUCUCUGUUUAGUUAGAACGCAGAUUUUUGGAGGGUCUGUGGUUUGAAAAUGCAGACUUUUGAAUUUGGAAGCUAGCGCAACCCCCUGAUCUGAAAUAUGAGGAUAUAUGGUGAUGGGAGUCAGUAUCCCAUUCCGAAAUGGACACAGGGUUUUCCCACUCUGACCCGAUAUGCACAAAUACAUUUCUUUAACAUGAACCAGGUUUCCAGCCAAACUUUAUGCGAUUAAACUACAUAUUGAAGAAAAAAAAAUCAACAGGCCUGGUGGAAAUAACACAUUUAUUGGUCAAUUUUCCAAAUUGCGACAAAACAAAAUACUAUAAAAGUUGCCCACUGGGCACAGACGUCAAUUCAACAUCUAGUUUUGUACGAGAUCUUCAGUUUCUUGGCAAUU